GGAGGGGGGGGGGGGGAAGGGGGCGUGCGUGUGUAUGCACAUGCGUAUGUGGCGCAUUCCUUCCUGACAUACAGACACUCCCCCUUAGAAGAGGGUGGCCAGAACGGCGAGGGCGCCAGCAGCAGCCAUGCCCAGAACCGAGGGGGCCAGACGAGCAGCGGAGUUGUAGAUGGGCUGGUAGGCGUUCAGGUCGCCAUCGUAGCAGAGCGCCGAGUAGAUGGUGGAGCCAUCAAACUCCUGGAUGCACACGGUGUUGGUCGGGCAACGGUAGCCCUGACCACCGGGGCAACGAGCAACAUGGAAGGCGUCGAGCUCGCACCAGAAGGAAUCAACAUCGAUCCGGAGAUCGAUGCCAAUGCAACGACCCGUGGGGAGGGGGUUGGGAAGGUUCGGGGUGGCCGGGGUGUUUGAGUUGAAGAUGCAGGAAGUCUUGCUGGGGGGAGACGUGAGGAUAUAGUCGUCCAGGGCCAUGGCCGAGCAGGAGGACCAGACCUGGGAGAUGGAGCCGAUCGGAACGGCGGCCGUCAUGACGUAGUGCUCGUGCGGGUGGUUGGGAUGGGGGCAGUCCUGGAAGCCGUCCCCAUCGAUGUCAUCAUCAUCGUGGGCAACAUUGAAAUGGUGGGCCAUCUCAUGAACCAUGGUCUCGGCCACGAAGGCCACCGAGGAGGGGACAACCUUGGACAAGCCGACGGAGGCAUUCUCACACACGGCAUCGGUGAAGGCAAUGCCGACAAUGCCGUUGGACCCGCCGUAGGUGAAGUUCAGGGUGGAAAUGCCGUGAACGGUGGCGGUGGGGGAAAUGGUGUGAAUGGUGUUGCGGACCCGGCGCAUAUCAUCCAGGUAGAGGCCGGCAUCGAUCGGGGGAGCCCAGGAGGUGAUGAUCUCAAUGUCGGCCGGGGACUGGAUGUGCACCGGGUUGUAGAAGCUCUCCUGAGAACCACGAGCAAAGAGGACACGGGCACCAUAGUGCACGUGCAGGAUGUAGGUGGCGACCUCGUCCACAUCCUGGCCGAAGGAGUUGUAAGUGUCGCCAUCGAUCAGGAAGUGCAGCGGGAUGACCGCCACAUAGGAGGCCUUGGUGUUGGCGUCAUUGGCGGCGACGGCGCUCGGGGCGACCGAGCGGGCGGCCAUGCGGCGACCGGGCUUGGCCAGGUGGGACAUGGGAAUGGAGAUCUGGCCGGAGCGGAUCUUCUCCGCCUUGCCGGAAGCCUCGAAAUGACGAUCGAGCAGCUCGCGCACAACAUCCAGCGACAUGGCGGCAUGGCUCUCGCGGAUCUUGUCCACCAGGCGCUGGCGAGCCUCCUCGGGCAGGUUGGAGGGGAUGGCCUCCAGGGCCAGCUCCAGGGCCCGACGGCGGAGAUUGCGCUCGGCCUCGCUCGGGGAAAUGUGAGCCGAGCGGUUGCCGACCGGGGAGGCGGUGGCCAUGGCGGCGGCGGCGGCGGCG